CCUGUUGCGUGUCGCAGACCGUGUCUCCCUGAAAAGUGUGCUGUGGUGACUGACCAGCUUGGGCAGCGGGUUGGCUGCAGAGGGACGAGUGAAAGACCGACAUGGACAGCCGCUUGCAGGAGAUCCGCGAGCGGCAGAAGCUAAGGCGACAGCUCCUCGCACAGCAGUUGGGAGCAGAAAGUGCUGACAGCAUUGGUGCUGUGCUCAACAGCAAGGAAGAGCAGAGAGAAAUUGCUGAAACAAGAGAAACUUGCAGGGCUUCCUAUGACACCUCCACUCCCAGUGCAAAGCGUAAGUGCUUGGAAGAAGGAGAGACAGAUGAUGACAAAGUGGAAGAAUAUAAGGAUGAACUAGAAAUGCAACAGGAGGAAGAAAAUUUGCCAUAUGAAGAAGAGAUUUACAAAGAUUCUAGUACUUUCCUUAAGGGAACACAGAGCUUGAAUCCCCACAAUGACUAUUGCCAACAUUUUGUAGACACUGGACACAGGCCUCAGAAUUUCAUUAGGGAUGUAGGGUUGGCUGAUAGAUUUGAAGAAUACCCUAAGCUGAGGGAGCUCAUCAGGCUGAAGGAUGAGCUGAUCGCCAAGUCUAACACGCCCCCCAUGUACUUACAGGCAGAUAUAGAAGCAUUUGACAUCAGAGAACUAACCCCCAAAUUUGAUGUGAUUCUUCUGGAACCUCCUUUAGAAGAAUAUUACAGAGAGACUGGUAUCACUGCUAAUGAGAAAUGCUGGACUUGGGAUGAUAUUAUGAAGUUAGAAAUUGAUGAGAUUGCAGCCCCCAGAUCAUUUAUAUUUCUUUGGUGUGGUUCCGGGGAAGGAUUGGACCUUGGCAGAGUGUGUUUACGCAAGUGGGGUUACAGAAGAUGUGAAGAUAUUUGUUGGAUUAAAACCAAUAAAAACAAUCCUGGGAAAACUAAGACUUUAGACCCGAAGGCCGUCUUCCAGAGAACAAAGGAACACUGCCUAAUGGGGAUCAAAGGAACGGUAAAGCGUAGCACAGAUGGGGACUUCAUCCACGCCAAUGUUGACAUUGACCUGAUUAUCACAGAGGAACCCGAAAUUGGCAACAUAGAAAAACCUGUAGAAAUUUUUCAUAUAAUUGAGCACUUCUGUCUUGGUAGAAGACGCCUUCAUCUGUUUGGAAGAGAUAGUACAAUUCGACCAGGCUGGCUCACAGUUGGACCAACGCUGACCAACAGCAACUACAAUGCAGAGACCUACGCGUCCUAUUUCAGUGCCCCCAAUUCCUAUUUGACUGGAUGCACAGAGGAAAUUGAGAGACUGCGACCCAAAUCUCCACCGCCCAAGUCUAAAUCUGAUCGGGGAGGUGGUGCUCCCAGGGGUGGUGGAAGGGGUGGGACAUCUGCUGGCCGGGGGCGAGAGAGGAAUCGCUCUAACUUCCGAGGGGAGCGAGGCGGCUUCCGAGGGGGCCGUGGAGGGGCGCACAGGGGCGGCUUUCCCCCUCGGUAGGCCAGGACACUGUCUCCUGAAUGCCCUCCUGCCCUUGAUUGCAGUUUAAAUUUCUAGUGA